AUGCCAAGCACGCGAGCUCUCGUCGUCGGCUCCGGCAUCGCCGGCCUGACCACCGCGCGCGCGCUCCAGCGGCGCGGCCUCGACGUCGUCGUCGCCGCCCGCGAGUGGUCCGCACGAGGGUUGUGGAUGCCGUUCCACGCCGAGCCGGCCGACGCGGUGGCGCGGUGGGCCUCGGUCACGCUCAGCUGCCUCCUCGAGGAGCAGCGCUCGAGCGCCGCCCUCGGCGCUUUCAUCGAGUCCCUGCCCGCGACCGAGCUGUUCCGGGCAGAGGCACCGCCGCCGCCGCCGCCGUGGGCCUCCGACCCGCGCCUGGUCUUCGAGGCGUGCUCCGGAGGUGUGUGGAACACCCUACACCGUAGGCUGUGGAACAGCCUCGUCGUGGACUCGCCGCGCUACCUCGACGCGCUGCAGGCGUCGCUCUUCGACAGCGGCGCCACCGCGCGGAUAGAGGCGCUCGAAGGUGGCCCCGCCGCCGUGGCUGAGCUCGCGCAGAGGCUCGGCUGCGAAAUCGCCGUCAAUUGCGCUGGCUUGGGCGGCGGCGCCCUCGGCGGCGAGGAUGCCUCGGCGGUGACCAACGGGCGCGGCGUGGUGCUGCAGUACGAGCGCGCCUCGGUGGCGGGCCUCGCCGUGGUCAUGUCGCAGGAGGCGCCGCUCUCGGGCGGCGACGCGACUCCGGCUUACGUCAUCCCGCGCGGCGACGUGGUCGUGUGCGGCGGCUCGUACGACGAGGGCGUGACGGCGGACGCGUCACGCGAGGAGGUGGGGCGGAUCGAGGCCUCCGCAGCCGCCAUCGCGCCCGGCAGCCUGGGGGCGCUGCGUCAAGUGUGGGUCGGCCACCGGCCGGUGCGAGGCGCGGGCGUGCGGGUGGAGGUUGAGCCGCGCGCCACGAGCGGCGGCGUUCUGCUGGCGCAUAACUAUGGGCACGGUGGGUCGGGAUGGACAAUCGCGCACGGCUGCGCCGAGGAUAUUGCGGAUGGGGUCGCCGCCGCUCUUUCCUAG